UACACUACUGCUCUCUACACUUUAGUUAAUUAAGGAUAAUUUGUUCGUUUGUGUUAUAAGAUAAUUAUAUAGUCCAUUCACUAAAUAUUUCUUUAGAACGUUUUUGUUUGCUUUCUUCGCUCUAUUAUAAUUCCAAUUACGUUGUUACGAUUCUGAUGUUAAUUUUUAAGUCUUGUGCAUGUAAUGUAUCAUAAAUACAGUGUUAUAAAACGUGAAAUUUAAGUUAAUCGUUUUACUUUUAGAAAAGUAAUAUGGAUGAGACUGGACCUUUAGGUUUAUUUUUGGUGAAUUCUGGAAGUAAGGGAGACCGAUUACUUUUUCGCUAUCCAUAUCAAGUCGAUGAUCAGAAAGCCUCCUUGUCGAAGAAAAAACGAAAUAAUCCAUAUGCUUUGAUUGUAAGCGAAGAUUAUUUGAUGAGUACAAGAGGAGCUACAGUUUCUGAACUGAGUGAAAAGAAUGUUUUAAAUGCUUUAAGAUUUCCCGAUAAAGCCCUCUCCAACUUGUUUGCUGUGAAGCUUGAGCUGUGUGACCGAAAGUUUGAGCUGAAAGUAAAUGAUGUUCGCUUCGUUGGCCACCCUACUCCUCUUUCUCAAACAUUCAACCGAGAGCCGUCGUCUGUUCUGAUGUUUAACAUAGUUUUUGCCCUAAGAGUAGGUACUAUAGUUUUUAGGGAAACAGAAUUACACACAUUGUUUAAGUCAAGUUUGAUUUUAAAAAAACAACAAACACCUUCAGAACAUAAAUUAUCUCUUCCCUCAGACAAUGAUCAGUCACCGUAUGAACUCAUUCUGACUAGAUGUCAGUUGGCCCAAGCACUUAAAAAAGUCUUAGAAGACCUUAGAAGCACCGGAGAAGUACAUCUGAGGAUUCAUAAUUGGAUUGAAGUGAGCUUUUGCCUUCCUAACAAGGUUCAUCGGACACAUAACAAAGACAUAUUUAUUGAGCCACAAGCUAUUCAGUCAUGCUUGGCAGCAUUAAAGCCCUAUCAUGGCAUGUUGAUGUUAGUAGAUGUUCAGGAGUUACUCAUGACUCUUCCUCAUGAUGCAUCUCCAGCCUUGGUACGUCUAGUGCAAAUCACAAGUCCAUUGAAGAGCUUGCAACAGUUAUCAGCAGAUACGGACUUAACCCUAACACAGGUCUUUCAGUUAGUUGGACAUUUAGUUUACUGGGCAAAAGCAACUAUAAUAUAUCCACUCUGUGAAAGCAAUGUUUACAUCCUUUCACCAAAUGCUCCAACCUGCAUAAAUUCUCCUCUAGUGGAAAAAUUUCAAGAGAAAUUUGUAGGAAUGUCACUCUUAUCUCAGAUGUCAGAAUUCUCUCUCCCUACCUCCCUGAGUCAGGUGGCUAAUCCCUUAAACAGUCCACAGGAAAAGAAAUCAGAAGAAGAAAAACAUGUAGGGUUGAAGUUCAGAACUGGUGGUGUGCCUUGGAAUGUCAAGGCCCUUCAUUUUCAGCAAGUCCAGACGAUAGUGUGGAUGCUACAACAUCGGUUACUGAUGCAGCUGCACACGUACGUCUAUUUAAUUCCAACUUCACAGCCUCCAUCGUUAUUAAACCUACACGAGCGAGAUAACCGACGUCCAUCUACAGAUGAAGCCCUUUCUGGUGGUCAAGGAUUUAGUCAGUCAGAUUAUGGAAGUUCUUUUCAUAGUGAAGACUCCCUUGGUGGAAGUCCUGUCCAUUCAGCCUUGUCUGGAUCCUCAUCUAAGAGUGGAUCUGAGGAAGAUUUGUCAUCAAGAGAUCCCAGUAAUGGAGAUUUAUUGGCAGAACUGUCUCCAUCAGAAAGAGAGGCCAUCAUGAAAGUUCCGGCAGCUAGUAACACGGACGACUUGAAAUUAUUUGUUAGGUUACGUCCAUACUUUACUGGUAAACACCACUUAGAGGAAAUUAUGUAUUAUGAGAACGUUCGACGAUCCCAACUUGUAGCAGUUUUGGACAAGUUUCGUGAUGUACUGAUUACAUGUAAACAUGAGGAUGCAACAGUUGCAGCUUUUUAUCGUCAUUCAAGAUGAUUAACCGUAAAGAGGGAAGUUAUGCUGAAACACAAACUGAUCUCGGUAUCGUUUCUUAAAACAAUGCCGCAAAAACUAGACAAUAACAGAAUAAUUGGUUACAAGCUUAAACAAUGCCAAUUUUUACUUAUUUGUUUUUAUACUCCACACACUUGUUUGUAGAAGGUAUAUUUUGUUUACACUUUAAAGCAGAGAAGAAGGUUGUAACAUAAUAUGUUUACUGAAUUGUCGUGUUAUUAGGAAAGCGUGGUUACAUAAAAACUUAUCGUAGUACGAAAAAUUUACUGCAUAUCUCGAAGUAAAUUCCAACAGGUUCUUGUAUGCUUUAGUUAAGAAAAUUUAUUAUUUUUAUCUGAUCUUGAGUGAGGAUAGACUUGAAAGAGUAAAAAUUUAGGUUCACAACAAAUAGGGAGUCGAAGGUUAAUGUACUGUUACUUAAAGUUUGAUUUUGUAAACUGUUUCUUUUGUGUGUGAGUGAAAGAAACCUUGCCUAUUAUAUUAUUCUUUAAGCAAGCUUAGAGUUGAAUUAUGAAAAAACUGCUAUGGUAAAUAUGGUAUUACUAAAUCAGCCAGUUAGGAAUGUUUGAACAGUUUUUCCCUUUCUGCUGAUCAUAAGUAAGUUGUUUUUCGAACGUACGAGGCGUACAGAACAAAACAUCUAUAUAUAUAUAUAUAAAAGGUGACUUCUAUGAAUGAACAAACUUCAAGCUAGUUCUUGUUUUUUGAAAUAUAAUUCAUUAGUUUUAUUAGUAGCAAAAGUGAUUGCUCCUGUAUGAUUCAAUCAUAGAUUUAACUAUUAAUCUAUAGCUAAUACGAAAUUACAGAGACUGCCACAGAACUCUGUCAGUGUGGCAAGAGACUUGUUUAGAUUCAGCUAUUAGAAGCAUGAACCUUGUAGUGGUAAAGUUUUAAUUUUUUUUGAGAAUUAUUACCUUUUUUCUGAUUUAUACAGCUGGUGUAUGAGCAAUCGUUCUUUCAAAUUUAUACCUGAUAUAUUUGUUUCUUAAGAAGUUUGAAAAAUAUUUUAGUUAAGAUUCCUUUUACAAUUAAUACUUCAUAUAAUUCACAUUUUAGUAUAACAAUUUUUAAUUCGAACGUUUUGGUUACGUUUAAGAAAUUAAUGCUAAGUACAUAAAAAAAGAUUGUUGGCACAUUAGAUUCACGAAUGUUUUAGUUUUAUUUUUAACUUAACGCCAUCUAGUGAUAGAAUCGAUCUUCUUAUAUCGUGACUACUAGCGAUCAGAGUGUCACCAGUCGUUUCAACAGAGUUCUGCCACGUGGUGGGAAUUA